AAACUAUUUGCGAAAUCCAGUUGACUUUAUUCGGCAGUAAGCAUUUGUCAGAGUCGCAUGGGGUUAUCUAUUUUGUAGGGAAAUGGGUGAACCAAAAUGUUUGUUUUUUGUUCUAUUGAUUUGGUGUCUCGGCACAGUACACGCGCAAGAUUCCCAACAAAGCUGCCCAAAACCCAAACUGAAACAAGGUUAUUUUGGCUCGGAUGAAGAAACGUACCGACAUGGCACGGAACUUUACUAUGCCUGCGAUGAAGGUUGGAAACCUGCGGUUGAGGGGUGGUGGGCGAUGGUUAAGUGUGAGAACAGAGAAUGGUCCCACACACCUCAGUGCAUAGAUGAGAACAACUGCAUUGCUCCAGAUAACCCUAAUGCUAAAGUGAAAAACCCUGAGGUGAAUGGAUGGUAUUCCAAUAGAAAAAUAGUUUGGUUUGAAUGUGAUGGAACAUAUGAAAUUAAGGGCCCUAGCACAGCUACGUGUGAGAAUGGGACUUGGACAACAUUACCACCGUGUGAAGAAAAAGAGUUAUUGUGUAGAGAACCUCCUCUUGCGACCAAUGCAGUUAUCACUCAUGAAUAUCAGGAGAAGUUUCAAGAAGGCUCUAAGAUAAAUUAUAAAUGUCGGGAUUCAUAUACUUAUGAAGGAACUGACUCUAGCGUUUGCCAAUCUGGGGAUUGGACCAUAAGUCCCAAAUGCAUUCGAACUACAUCCUCCACAGAGAAGGCCAGCACAGGUGAAGGAGGCAGCAGUACCUUGAGUGACAGAGGGAAUGGUGGCACAUCUAGCGGAGGGGGCCACAGCACAUCUAGCGCAGGAGGCCACAGCACAUCUAGCGGAGGGGGCCACAGCACAUCUAGCGGAGGAGGCCACAGCACAUCUAGCGGAGGGGGCCACAGCACAUCUAGCGGAGGGGGCCACAGCACAUCUAGCGGAGGGGGCCACAGCACAUCUAGCGGAAGGGGCCACAGCACAUCUAGCGGUGAUGAGGCCUCACCCAAUGUCAGACCCUCUGUCAGACCACAACCAAGUGGUCCAUUUUUACCUGUUGAUAGGUGUGGAGAGAAGCCAACAGUUGAUAAUGGGGAUUUUAUCAGUGACUCUGACAGAAAUCCAAUGGCACUGACCUUCACAUGCAUUAACUAUUAUAAACUUGUGGGCCCAGAGCAAGUGAUGUGUUAUAAUGAUCAAUCGUGGUCAGAGCUCCCCAUUUGUAAAGCUCCCUGUACCUUGGUCAAAAGGACUUUUGACGUGCUGGAUCUUCCAAAAGAUAUGUUUGUGAAGGAAGGAGAGAGUCAGACAUUUCGCUGUAAAGAAACUGAUUUUUGGGAACGACCUUUUGUUGCUGAUGUUCUAUGUCAGAAUGGACGAGUGGCAAUUGGCAGAUGUGCAUUGGGCUGCAAACUGGACAAACAGAAUUACCAUUGGCUGGAUCUUACACAGGAUAUGUUUGUAAAGGAAGGACGUCAGACAUGGAACUGUAAACAGAUGGAUUACACUGGUCGUCGUCCUGUUGCAAAUGUUCAAUGUCAUGAUGGAUAUUUAUCCGUAGGCGGUUGUAAGUCUAAUGCAACAGUAGGAAAGAGAAUAUAAU